AAGAUAAGUAUUAAUUAUCUAAGCGCUUAUUUUUUGUAUAUAAUCAAAUCUGACGAAUCGGAAAAGUCCAAUAAUAUUACUUUUAUCUUUAUAUCAUAUUUGAUAAUAUCAAACCAGAUAUACUAAAUGCGUAAAAGUAGGGAUUAAGCUUAUUUCGUAUAUAGUACAAAGAUAUUACAAUUAAAAUAGUUAUUAAGAAACAUUGAAUCACAAACAACGCCUUGCCUGAUUUUAUUACCGAAUUCUUCACCAUCUAUAAUACUUAUAUUUUAUAUUAAUAAAACCAAUUAUCUUUUUAAGUGUUUUAAUCAAAUCUUGUUUUCUUUUUUUAAAUAUGGAAUACGAUGGAAGACAUUUGCAAAAAGGCGAUCCCCUACCACCAUUUAGUGGAAAACCACGGCUUUUUUCCAUGAGGUUCUGUCCUUACGCCGAACGAUGCGUUCUAAUGUUAAACGCAAAGAAAGUGGAUUAUGAUUUAGUUUUUAUAGAUCUGAGCAACAAACCGGAAUGGAUUUUUACGUUUAACCCUAAAGGCUCUGUACCAAUUCUGGAGUAUGAAGAAGGCAAAGCCAUAUUUGAAAGUUCAAUAAUUACAUCCUAUAUAGACGAAAGAUAUCCAUACCCAGCCCUUCAGGCCGUAGGGGCCCUCAAAAGAGCACAAGAUAAGGUUGUUGUGGAGCUGUUGUCUACCGCUCAAGCUGCAUAUUACAUAGCAGCAUUCAAUGCGCAGGCAAUAAAGCCAGAAACAGUGCUAAGCUAUCAUCGAAGUCUAGAAAUACUGCAGAAAGAUAUUGCAGGCAGAGGAACCACAUAUUUGGCUGGAGAUAAACCUGGGUACAUUGAUUAUAUCGUCUGGCCAUUCUUGGAGCGUUAUAUAGCUCUUCAUCUAGUGGGAAGACAUGAAUUCGCUAUUACAGAAGAUAAAUAUGAUAUAUUGAUAAAAUAUAUGCAUGCUAUGAAGAAAGACCCUGCGAUUCAGUCCUACAGUUUAGAGCCCGAAAACCAUGCAAAGUAUAUCAAAUCUCGUGUCAAAGGAAAGCCAGACUACAGCAUCGACUCAACUAAUUCAUUUGAUAGGAAAAAUAAUAAAAUUAUAAAGCCUAAAAAGAUAGAUUCAUAUCAAGAAUCUAUUGAAAUGCAUACUAAAAAACCAUCAAUGUAGGCCGUUUUGGAAUGUAUAUGGUACUGGCAAUUGCUUGAAAUACGCGAUAACAACUUUUAUGUAAGAACCGUGGUAGGAGAGUGCAUUUUGAAAUGCAGUUGAUUUUGUGCUUUAGCCUUUAAUUGCGAUUACUCCUGCGUUAUUAUUUUGAUGUGCAGUAAAUUGUAGCUAAGUAUACCUAGUCCAGCCAUAAGUUCGUCACAAAUGAAAAUGCAAAUGAAGUAAUGUAAUAUUAUUAAAAUUUAUACCUACAUACUUAUGAAAGUCUCAGAAAAAAAAACAAUAUUCUAUUCGAAAUGGCCUCCUUUGGCUUUUAUACAGGCCUUUUAUCUGUUUGUCCACGAAUCUAUGGAUCUACGCACUGUUUCCAAGGGAAAUUUCGCCACUGCUUGCUCCAAAGAUUUUUAAAGAGACUUAAUGUCGCCGUGUUGUUUAGAGCAGGCCAUGUCCUCAAAAACUGACCAUAAUUGAAGUCUAAAGGGUUGAGGUCUGGGCUAGAUGAGAGCCAGUCUUCAGCUCUUAUAAAGUCGAAACGUUGGUUUCAAGCCAGGCUUGGGUAGUUUGUGACUAGGUGCAGAAUCCUAAUCCAAAGACCAAGGAAUAUUUUUUGGAAGUGUAUUGCUGAGAGGUUUAACAACAUGAUCCAAGACUGUAUAUUGAUACACUUUGGCUGGCUUUGGCUCUCCUUUUUCACAAAAAUGUAAUUUUGUGACCCCUUGAUAAGACACGCCCCACCAAACCAUCACUGACGCAUGAUGACCACGUUGUACCUUUCCGACCACUUGAGCAGCUUCUUUAAAGGCUUCUUUCUUUUUCUUUAUCAAUUUGCUUAUUGUAGUGUUCUUCAAUCGUAACAAUUUUUUCAUCGGCAAAGAGAAUAUUUCUUGUGCUUUUCACCUGCGUAUCGCGACAGAAGGCGCGUAUCGAUCGACUCUCUGAAAUUGUAAAGAUUGGUUUAGGGCAUGUCCUGUAUAUCGUCGAUAAGCACCGAGCUUCAGGUCUCGUUUUAUAAUACGCGACAGAGCCCUAACGGAAAUCCUUAUUUCUCGCAAUAAGAUUUUUUGCUUCCUAAUGGGGUUUCGACGAAUUCUGGCCUUAACAGCAUUAACAGACAGCGGCCGCUCCGAUCUUUUCUGGUCUUCGAAAGACGAAGUGUUGUUGUUUCUGUUCAUAGUACGAUAUCGAACAUACGGCUGAUACCAAGCUUUUGAAGUGUCUGGAAUAUGACCGACGGGUCCAUCGGCUCGAUCGCCUUGCUCAAAGUGGGUGAGCAAGGCGAUCCCUACAAUCCUAUUUUCAUUAACACCCCAUUCCAUAUUGUAAUUUGAUAAUUAACACAAAAAAAUAUGUGAAAUGGCGCAAAAUCGAAAGAAGUUUUUAAAAU